AUGCAUCCCCAGAACGCCGAGUUACCAUUCACUUGGCCCGGAAACGACUCGGACGACGAAAGGAGCGGCAGAACUUCCAUAUAUCGAUUGAUACCCUCCAUGCAGAAGUUCAGAGGCAACCUGACUGCUCUAUCCCAGAUGUACAAUCUUUACUUCUCUGCUUAUCAAGGCCGAAUAUUCGUCUACAGACCCCGCGCCGCUCCGAGCCAGGCACUCCCGCGCCAACCCGACCUACAACUCAAGCCCAAAGCGAGUACCGUGGCCCGGCUAGUGGGUGGUGAGAUGGAUCAUACAAGGCCGCACACGGUGAACCAGAUGAUUACCGGGCUUCUUGGUGAUCAAGAAAUAAUUCUGGCGUGCUACGAUGAUGGCGAUGUGGUUGCGUACUACACCCAACAGAUUGCCAAACGAAUACUCUCAUGUCGUGGGACAACCGACACGUUGCACACAUCGGUUCCGAAACAGUUCUUUCACGAAAAUGUUGGGAGGUCAGCUUGGGGUUUGGCUAUACAUCAGAAAUCCCGCCUGAUUGCUGUCAGCUCGAACCGUCACGAGGUCGUAGUCUUUGCUCUGGCUCUGACACAGGAUCCUCCAAACCGCAGGGCGGGCUGGUCCCGUAUGGCGCAGCUGAAUAUCCAGACACGGACUCGGAAUUGGCGAAUCGUCAUUCGGCUGCCUCCCAAGGCGGAGAACAUGCCCAACAUAUGCUUUGUUAACGACUUCCAAGGCAACGCUCAGCGGGUUUGCGCAGUUGAUAUCAGAGGAACCGCAUGGCUGGCAGAUAUUUGGCAAGGGAACAAAGGCCCAAUAGCUCUCCAGCCGCUAUGUUCAGAUCUACUGAGAAGCGAGGAGUUCUACCCUGGACCAUCCAGAGGAUGGGGAAUAUUUGCCCUCGACGAAGGGGAUUUUCUGAAAGUCAAGACUACAGAGGAACUAUUUGGCGUGCCUACGAAUCGACUCGAAUUUGUCCCAGCGAGCAAUGGCUGCAGUCAGCCACUGGUGAAUGUCAGAAACGCACUGACUAACAUUCCCGAUAACCCGCAUAGUAGGCUGAGACCACCGAAUCAGCCUGGCCAACCGCCACAUCUCCCUUGGGAUCCCGGGAUGUUUCAGCCAGGCUUUGCGAUGCAGGAACCAGUAGAUCUAAUGGGAAGCGACGGAAGUGAUGAUGCAGGCGAGGACGAAUUUGAAGAUACAGAGGAGGAAAGCGAAGACGAAGGCAUCGAACAUGGUGACUCGGAAGUCGCUUCAAUAGUCGAUUCGGAGGAAGACGCUAUCGUGACAGCUACAGACUGGAACACCCUGAGCUAUUUCCAGGUUCAAGCCCAGGCCCAUGCCCAGGCUCAUGCGCAUUCGCAUUCGCAUUCGCAGGCACAGGCACAAAAACAGGACCAAGGGCAUAAUGCUGGCCAGUCAGCAGCUAGUCCUCCCGAUAACUUGUAUGGUUGGGAUGCAAUAUUGAAGCAAGAAGAUUUCAACAGGGAGCGUCGAAACGAAAAGAAAUACAUGGGCGAGGCCGCUCAACACGAUGAAGCAACGCCUUAUAUGCUAGACAUGACAUACUUUCCUCACAACAACAAGGUCUACCCAACUCCUCGGAACGCGCAUGAGAUGAUGACUUUCCUGUCAAGGCGUUGCGAGCCCAACCAGCAUUCUUUAGCGUCAGAGGCUCAUUUGACAGAUCUGGGGAGAAAGCUGUUUCUGCUACGCACCUACGAGAAAGACAUCGAGUUGCGCUCGUUCUCCCCGUUCUUCAGCAGGAAUUCGCAGUCGGAAAUUGGCGUCAUUUGCCCGGACGCUCUCAAGUUCGGGCGCUUUAGAGACCCUGGGCUACAUCCUCAUUUCCAUGCGACGAGCAGGCUGAACAUGAUUGCCAUGGCCCCUGAACUCUCGCUCAUGGCCAUUGGGUCGCCCACCGGACGUGUUGUGCUUUUGACACUGACACGGAAGGCCGUCAGUACGGAUCGCGACGAGAGGAACUGGGAGCACGGAUUUCGGGUGGAAUGGGUGCUGCCGACAGGAUCUGACGAGAUGGAGCAUCGCAAGACUCUGCGACCUAUGCACGGAAUGGCUUUGGGCCCAAUUCAGGUGGGAGAUGAUAUCGGAGGUAAGGUCGGAGGUGGAGGGCCUGCGAUGCCCCGGCGAUAUCGGCUGAUGCUGCACUAUCGAAACCACGACAUCUUGUCAUAUGAGCUGACGCGCGAGGAGCAAACGGGCAAGCUAUGCAUUUUCUGA